UUUACUUGGGCCGAUAUCGCGGAGUGCUAUCAAUGGAUGGCGCCUUUCGCACAAGUGAUCAAUGAGUUUGCCGUUUCGAGUCCGAAAUAUUUCAAUGACGUCCCUGUUGACGAUGUACACAAUAUUCAGAUCCAUAACUUCGACCUAACCUUGCUGGACCGAUCGCAGAUGCUACAGCAGGAAAUGGCGCGACAGAGUCAUACCAGUCCAGUGUUGGUCGUUAGUCCUUCAUUUGGCUACUGUUUUCCCACGCCUCCACCCAGUGAAGAAAGACCCCGACUGAACAAGAGUUUCAAUGCUUCCAAGACGCCGUUUGCUGAUUGA